GCCAACGACAUUAGAAGGGUCUGGGAUUCCUUUAAAAGGAGCAACCAAACAUCUGGCAAAUAUAGUAAAAGGGAUAUUCUGGUAGGACGUAUGCCUACCAUUAGUUCUGAAUACUGGUGAGGUUUUGAGGGCAAAAUGGCUGUGAUGAUUGGAAUCGCUUUCAGAGUUUCUUGGCUUUGUUGCCUGCUAAUUGGAGGGAUAACGUGUUCUACAUCAGAAGGUGAUUGGUCUCCUUCACUGGAUUCUAAUGCAGCAUGGCUCUAUGCAGGAUCACUUCAGUCUCUAGGAUAUGGCAAUUAUAAGUCUCCAAAAUCUCAACUGCAAGCGCAACAGAAACAUCCGGCCGCCAUCCUGCGGAAGGAACUGGCCCCCAUGUCCCAGCAACCUCAGCAAGUGUGGCAUCCAGCUCACAUGCUGCAGCAGAAGCAACCGCCCGCCGUGCCCCAGCAAGUGUGGCAUCAAGCUCACAUGCUGACGCAUAAGCAACCGACCGCCGUGCCCCAGCAAGUGUGGCAUCAAGCUCACAUGCUGACGCAUAAGCAACCGACCGCCGUGCCCCAGCAAGUGUGGCAUCCAGCUCAAAUGCCCCUGCAGCAGAAGGAACCGACCACCGAGCCUCAGCAAGUUUGGCAUCCCGCUCUAAUGCCCCUGCCAACAACCACUGUGCCCCAGCAAGUGUGGCAUCCUAAUCAAAUGCUGCAAAAGAAACCGACCGCCGUGCCCCAGCAAGUGUGGCAUCCUGCUCAAAUGCACCAGAAGCAACCGACUGCCAUGCCCCAGCAAGUGUGGAAUCCAUUUCACACACUGCAGAAGCAACCGACCGCCGUGCCCCAGCAAGUGUGGCAUCCAGCUCAAAUGCAUCAGAAGCAACCGACUGCCAUGCCCCAGCUAGUAUGGAAUCCAUUUCACAAACUGCAGAACCUGACCGCCGUGCCCCAGCAAGUGUGGCAUCCUGCUCAAAUGCCCCUGCAGCAGAAGCAACCGACCGCCGUGCCCCAGCAAGUGUGGCAUCCAGCUCAAAUGCCCCUGCAGCAGAAGCAACCGACUGCCGUGCCCCAGCAAGUUUGGCAUCCCGCUCAAAUGCCCCUGCAGCAGAAGCAACCGACCGCCGUGCCCCAGCACGUGUGGCAUCCAGCUCAAAUGCCCCUGCAGCAGAAGCAACCGACCGCCGUGCCCCAGCAAGUGUGGCUUCCAGCUCAAAUGCCACAGAAGCAAAUGACUGCCGUGCCCCAGCAAGUGUGGCAUCUUAAUCAAAUGCUGCAGAAGCAACCGACCGCCAUGCCCCAGCAAGUAUGGCAUCCUAAUCAAAUGCUGCAAAAGAAACCAACCGCCGUGCCCCAGCAAGUGUGGCAUCCUGCUCAAAUGCACCAGAAGCAACCGACUGCCAUGCCCCAGCAAGUGUGGCAUCCAGCUCAAAUGCAACAGAAGCAACCGACUGCCAUGCCCCAGCUAGUAUGGAAUCCAUUUCACACACUGCAGAAGCAACCGACCGCCGUGCCCCAGCAAGUGUGGCAUCCUGCUCUAAUUCCCCUGCAGCAGAAGCAACCAACCGCCGUGCCCCAGCAAGUGUGGCAUCCUACUCAAAUGCCCCUGCAGCAGAAGCAACCGACCGCCGUGCCUCAGCAAGUGUGGAAUCCAUUUCACACACUGCAGAAGCAACCGACUGCCGUGCCCCAGCAAGUGUGGCAUCCUGCUCUAAUACCCCUGCAGCAGAAGCAACCGACCGCCGUGCCCCAGCAAGUGUGGAAUCCAUUUCACACACUGCAGAAGCAACCGACCACCGUGCCCCAGCAAGUGUGGCAUCCUGCUCUAAUACCCCUGCAGCAGAAGCAACCGACCGCCGUGCCCCAGCAAGUGUGGAAUCCAUUUCACACACUGCAGAAGCAACCGACCGCCGUGCCCCAGCAAGUGUGGCAUCCUGCUCAAAUGCCCCUGCAGCAGAAGCAACCGACCGCCGUGCCCCAGCAAGUGUGGCAUCCUGCUCUAAUGCCCCUGCAGCAGAAGCAACCGACCGCCGUGCCCCAGCAAGUGUGGCAUCCUGCUCUAAUGCCCCUGCAGCAGAAGCAAACGACCGCCGUGCCCCAGCUGGGGUGGCAUCCUGCUCAGUUUCCCCAGCAGAAGCAACUAGCCACUAUGCCUCUACUGCAGAAGGAACCAACCACCAUAACCCAGCAACCUCAGCAGGUGUGGCAUCCAGCUCAAAUGUCCAAGAAUCGAACAUCCACUGAACUUCAGCAGCAGAAGCAACCAUCCACCACGCCCCAGCAAGCGUGGCAUCCAGCUCAAAUUCCCCUGCAUCAGAAGCAACCGGCCCCUGAACCUCAGCAGAAGGAACUGACCGCCAUGCCCCAGCAAAUGUGGUAUCGAGCUAAAAUGCUCCAACAGGAGAAUCAUCUGGCCUCCAUUGUCCAGCAGCCUCCGCUCGUGUGGCAUCCGUCUCAAUUUCCCCAGCAGCAGAAGGAACUGGCCGUCGAGCCCCAGCAGCAGAAGGAACUGGCCGUCGAGCCCCAGCAGCAGAAGGAACUGGCCGUCGAGCCCCAGCAGCAGAAGGAACUGGCCGUCGAGCCCCAGCAGCAGAAGGAACUGGCCGUCGAGCCCCAGCAGCAGAAGGAACUGGCCGUCGAGCCCCAGCAGCAGAAGGAACUGGCCGUCGAGCCCCAGCAAGUGAGGUAUCCAGCGCAAAUGGCCCAGCAGCAACCCAACGCCAUUCCUCAGCAAUUUUGGCAUGUAGGCCAAAUUUCCCAGCAGCAACUGGCCCCAAAUUCUCAGCAGAAGCACUACGAAAGCACUGAAGAUGGUGCCUCUGGUAGUUCUCAGGCCAGCAUUGUUGAACAGUCGGGUGUCAUCCCAAUCUCUUCCUACAGUUUCAAAUCGCACUACAAGAAUGGCAGAACUGGAGUCUCCCAAAUAAGAUACGCUCCUAGGGAAGCAAUGCCUGUUGACAGUGGAAAUGCUCCCAAGGAUGGUUAUGUUAGCAUUGGUGCACCAAACAUAUAUCCAACACGAGUGAAGGAUUCUGCAAGGGAAAUAUAAUGGAUUCAUCCUCUAGAAGCUCUAAUGACCAGGAAGAUGCUGGUGUUCUUGCUACUCUAGUGUGAUGGAAUCAAUAAACAAUUUGACUUUAAAAA